ACGUAAGAGUCAACGCCAUCGCCAACGACCUGUGGGAGAUUCUGUUUCUUACUGAACGGCUUUGUUUCAGGGUCUAGAUGACGAGCGUCAGGACAGAGGGAAGCUGAUGGGAGCGUAAACGUAUGACUAGGAUGGAGAAGCUCUGCAGACCUACACCACCACUGUCUGGACAACCUCCACUAUCUGACCUCAGGACCCACGAAGUUUGAGUUACAGGUGGACAUGGAGGACUUUGAGGGAAAUAAAGCGUCCGCACAUUACAGGAUAUGCUCCGUCGACUUUGAGUUUAAUGGAUACAAUUUGACUGUGUCUGGAUUCAUAAAUAAAGGAGCAGGAGACUCCACGAUCUACCACAAUGGCAUGAAGUUCUCCACCUUUGACAAAGACCAGGACUCGUGGCCUGAGAACUGUGCCUCAACCUACAUGGGAGGUUUCUGGUUUAACAAAUGUCACUAUGCAAACCCUAAUGGGGUUAAUCGAUAGGGGCAGGAGAAGACUCCCCAUGCUGUUGGAGUUUCAUGGAACUCGUGGAAAAACACCCCUAACUACUCUGUGAAGUCCAUCGUCAUGAAGGUCUGUCCUGUGCAGCCUGAGUAACUUUCCAGGAGCAGCAGCAGACCACAUUUUGAUCUGUCUCAACAUCUGUCACCUUCAUCAUUCAAAGUCAAAUGAAAUCACACGUUUGAACCCUGAUGUCAAAAAAUCGCCUUCUGCAUGUCCUCAAUAAACGAGACACAAAAAAUCUGAUUCGACCUGAUGUCUUUGUCUCCUGUCUUUUCAUUUGUUUCAUGUGUCGUCAUGUCUCAUUCAUGAGUUUCAUGUGUCUUCAUGUGUCUUCAUGAGUUUUCAUGGGACUCAUGUGUCUUCAUCUGUCUAAUUGUGGCCGCAUGUGUCCCAUAUGUACCAUGUUUCUUCAUGUGUCCCAUGCGUCUCCUGCACAGAC